CUUGUCUGUGUCGGACGUCAAGGUGACAAAGCCCCAUAAAAACAAAAAAUGAAAUAAUUCGCGAAAAUCUGUUAUCCUGAAAGUUUUGCAGCUGUUGUGUAUUGUGAUAAAUAAAAACUAGGUCUAUUACGUCAUCACACCGUUCGGCCGCGAUAAAGAAAAAUGGCGCCAAUGCGCCACAUUACUACUUGAGUAUUAAGCAUUUAGUGCUGAUUGUAUGUUUUACAGAUUGUUUGGAUAUAUUAGUGUACUAUAGUUUGCAAAGGUUUCGCAAUUCCUGAAUAGUGUUUGGGUCUAACUUAGUGUUUUAAUAGUUCAGAAACGUCAUUUCGGGCGUCGGGCUAUUUAUAGUGUUUAGGCUGCUUCUGUCUGAGCUCAAGUUUUACUGAAGAUCGCUUAGAUGAUGGCCCGCGACAGAUUCCCGUCCACAUCGUCGACCGACGAUAAUGAGUCCGGCACUGAUGGAGAAGUUGACAGAACCAGGCGUAUCACCAUCUCUGGUGGUACACCUCUACCAUCGGCCCAGAUGAUUAUUCGCAAGCGGCGCGGGAACCUGCCGAAACAGUCCGUGAAAAUACUGAAGCGGUGGCUGUAUGAACACAGGUACAAUGCUUACCCCAGCGACGCGGAGAAACUCACGCUGAGUCAGGAGGCCAACCUCACCGUGCUACAAGUAUGCAACUGGUUCAUCAACGCGCGCCGGCGUAUCCUGCCGGAGAUGAUCAGGCGAGAGGGACAAGACCCGCUGCACUACACCAUAUCGCGACGCGGUCGGAAGCAGCUCAGUGGAGGCGCCGGCUCCAGCGGCAGUCUGAUGGUCACUACGUGGGACGGCAGCGAGGUUGAGUUCCAGCCGGGAGCUGAAGGCGAGGGUGGCCAGGACCACGACUACGGCGACGGGCUGCUGGUGUACCGCAGCGACGGAGACGGCGACGAGCAGCACGAGGACUCCGGACACGCCGACGUGAAGUACGACCCCGCCGUGUGGCACUCCGUGAUCCGCUACGACGACCUGCACCCGCCCAGCAGGGGGUCAGUCAUACUUGCACCUCCAAUUAAAAUACUGGCUUGGUCGCUGGUGUCGGUGCGCACCGUGGACGGCGAGGACGCGGCGGGAGGCAGUGGGGCGCAGGCGCAGCCCGCCAAGCGACGAUCACACAAGGUGAAGGAGGGAGUGGAGAAGGACAAGUUCAAGUGCUUGUACCUGCUAGUGGAGACGGCUGUGGCAGUGCGCCAGCGGGAGAAGGAGCAGGGCGAGGAGGUGGUGGCGUAGUGGGACCACCAACACACGGGCAUGCAAUGGGAUGUUAUAAUAAGUUAGCCCCAGUUAACAACUUCCUUACUUCAACAAUAAAUCUUUGCCGUGACUUGUGUAUUUUACAAAGAUUACAAUACUGGAUGAUCCAUUUAUUUAUAAUUAGAUUAUGAUUUUUAUAAAUGCCAAGUGUAUAUAAAUUCUGUGGAAUAAUUCAUAUCUGAAAAGCUACAUUGGUUUAAGUGAAUCCCACUCAGAGUACCCUCCACAUGUGUGUUUGUUUUAAUGACCUAUGAUGUCAUAGCUUAUGACAACAAAAAUGGCAGGCAUUUAGAGUUUCCGCGUCCGAUGCCUAUUUGUAGCAAGUCUUAAAUACUGAAAGUUUUAAUUUUAAACAUAUUCAUGUAUGUGUUUAAUCCAUAUUGUUAUACACUAUGUUAAAAAAACCCUGUACGAUUAUUUACACUGAUAUGAAGUAGAAUGCGGAGACACCACAAAAAUAAAAUAAAAAAUCAAAACCUCUUGGGAUAAAUGCUACGAUUAAAAGAACUUUUAAAUUUCAUAUUAAAUGUUUUCAAAAAUCUUGAGAGCCCCUGACCUAUUAUUCUAUCAGUAAACUAAGGUCAUCGCCCUGACCUCGGUCCAAUGGCGUAAUUAAUUAUUAAUACAAAACUGUCGUUUUUGCCGACUCCCACCCGCACGCCCAUCGCAGGGUACAUGAAUGAAAUGGGUGUGUGGGCGGGGAAAAAUGGCAAUAAAAUGGCCACAUGCAGAGGUGUCCAAACUUUUAUAAUUGGGGGUAACAUUAAUAAUCUUCUUCUUUUACUUUUUUUGAAUAUGCUUAUUUCCUGAAAAUAAAUAUUGUAAAAUCAAUACUUGAUACCAAUAUACGCCUCAAGUACGGGGUUUUUGUUAACAUCCUACAUAUAUAUACAUAUAGACUGUUAAAAAUAAAUAUUAGUUCUUAUAAUUGUCAAAAGAAAAUAUUAAAAAUUUGUUAUUCUGUAUUUAAUUCGAAGACUCACUAAAACUGAGUUGAAAGUAGAGAUUUUCCAGAGAAACCAUAGUUCCUAGAUGUGUUGAAGUAAAUAGACUGAGAAGAAAUAAUAUUGGCCUACUACCAUCUAAAAGGCUAUUUUAACAUUUUUGUGAUUCCUCUGGUGUUACAAAAAAAGGGUCAGCUGUGUUCUUACUAUCCGGUGUCUCGCAGCCAGCUUGCCCUCUUAUCUCUUAAAAAUACUUGUAACUGUAAUCGCGAUAGAAUACAUUAUUCCCGUUGGAAGAAAAGUCCUUACACGUGACGAAAUAAUUCUAUCAUUUUAAUAAAACACAAGGCUGGUUUACAUAGUUCCCUAAGUUACUAAAACGGCAAAUAUUCUGAUUUUCAGCAGCUGUUAUUGAGUUAUAAAAUUCCUAACACACCUGCUCAAAAUAUAAAAUAUUAUUCAUUUUAGUAGAUAUUCUUUUACAAGAUAUUAACGAUAGUGUAACCAAAUUGCAAUCCGGGUUUGUGAAAAAUUAGAGGUAUGCACCGACAAACAAUUCAGUAACCAUUUAUAACCAUGUAAACCAGGGUUGCUCUAGCAACGCCCACAUAAUUAGCAAUCGUCAAGUGUUAGAUACUGUUAUAAAUAGACUAUCCGCUAGUUGCAGAAAGCAUGCAUAAAGUUAAUGUUUCAUUAAACAUAAUACCGUCACUUCCUUUUUCAUUGUGACAGACAAAGAUAGCAAAUCUUUAAAUAUACUUACUGCAACUGGUGGUAUUAUAUGUAUAAUAUAUAUAAUGCGGUAAAUAUAUACUAUCUGUAUAACAUUAGAAUUAUGCAAUAUACUACAUGUUUAUACAAAAUCGUAUUGGUGUAUUUUAAACUUUCUAAAAUAUUUUAUCAUCGAUUAAGAAGUGUAUUAAUAUUCAUAGAACUUUGUACAAUGUCUCUAUUGUUUUAUGCAAGACGAUUACAAUAAUAAAUAAUAUUAUGUAGUACUUUUGUACCCAUUUGCAAAUGAUGCUGGAAAAGACGUGAUUUCUUUUAUUUAAUGAAAGGGAAGUCCUCACCCAAAGCAAGGUUUCUUUAAGUGUAUUAUCGUAUCUAUUGUUAAUCUGGAUCAUCAACAAAACAUGAUUGGGGAAAUGGAAUUACAGGAGCUCUUUUACCAAAAUCGAAAGCCGAAGUUUCGGUCCGAAACGAAAGAACGACGAACUUCGAAUUAAAUCCUAUUAUUAUCAAAGUACUUCGGAUCAUGGAUUUCGUUUCGGAACCAUAGACAUAACCAUUAAAAGUAAAUGUCAAGUGAAUUUUGGAAUAAGGUAAAAGAAAGAUAAAAUGUCUAAUCCCGAACUUCAUAUCGAGCUUCGGAUCCGAAACACUUUCGUAAUACGAAAAUGUUCGAUCCGUCAACAGAAACUUCGUAUUUCGAUUUUGGUAAUAGGGCUCCUGUUCGUAAAUUGUAAAAGUUUGUAUUUAUAUAAUUCUUGUUUGAUUGUGGUUUGGUUCGUACCGUAUGCCUAUGUGUCAAUGCUGUGAAAUAAAAUUUUAAUGUAAAGCUAUCAAUAGCGUUCUAUGCACAUAUAAGGACAUAUUAUUUGCAGUCUGAUAGUAGAACGGUAAAAGUGUGCUUAAAGACAAUGUAAGCACACUUUUCUCCUUAGUUGAGUGUCAACUGUCACUGUUCGAAUCAAAUCUGAACUGAAUAAAUAGCGAAUCCGUUAAUAUUCUCUGAUACUGUAAGGCCGUAUUCAAAAUAUUUUAAUGUAUUUAUUUUGUUUUUCAUAAAACACAUAGUACGCAUAAUUUUAUAAAAGAAGAAGUACUGUAUCUAUCAUCUUGCGGUUGCUCUAAGAAACUUAAGCCAUUGUCGUCAACAACUGAGUGCAAUCAUAUAUUAUUACUUUAUAAACUAUCAUUGUUUUAAACUCUAACAAUAUUAAACACGGGAUGUUUAUCAUAAUAAUCAAGGAUUUUAGUUUUGACAAUAUUUCAAAUCGAUUUACCCCCUUUUACUGCGUCGAAUAUCGUAUAAAAAUACUUGAGUAUUUGUGGUUGAUCCCCUUAAUCCUGUUAAUAAUCAGCGAAUUAUGUUGUUUCCUCUAAUAUAUCUACAUCAAAGUACUUGUAGGGCGCGGGCCCCGAGUAAGUAGAAUAUCUUCUUGUCGUUUCUAGUCAUUGACGUGCAAUAAACAAAUUGACUCACAGUCACACUCAAAAAUUGUCCGAAGCAAAACUCUGCCAACGCGUCUCCUAGAUAGAGUUUUCGUUCAUAGACUUUGAACAUUACUGUCAUCAUCAUCAGCCGGAAGACGUCCACUGCUGGACACUCCCUCAAAGAUCUCCACGACGAUCGGUCCUGCGCUGCCCUCAUCCAACGUAUUCCGGCGAUCUUGACCAGAUCUUCGGUCCAUCUUGUGGGGGCAUACCAACACUGCGUCUUCCGUUACGUGGUCGCCAUUCGAGGACUUUACUGCCCCAACGGCCAUCUGUCCGUUGAACUAUGUGCCCUGCCCACUGCCACUUCAGUUUCGCAAUCUUUUGGGCUAUGUUAGUGACUUUGGUUCUCCUACGGAUCUCCUCAUUUCUAAUUCGAUCUCGCAGGGAAACUCCGGGCAUAGCCCUCUCCAUUGCUCUCUGAGCGACACUGAGCUUUCUCAUCAGGCCCGUCUAAUGAGGUGUGAAUUUAAAUGAAGGAUGCUUGGAUAUUUUUGUAGACCCUUUACUAGGCGAUUGGGAGUCUAUUUGUACAAAGUAUGUCAAUGUUUCAGCACAAGAUGCAAAAGAUGAGAGAAAUAAUAUUGUCAAAUCGAAACAAACUUAUUUUAUUCCUAAAUUAUUAUAUACGUGCUUACCCAGACUGCUCUCCCGGCAUUCCGCCUCGUCUCACUCAUGUCGCCUAUUUAUCGCGAAGAUGUUCUACUUACUUUGCCUACACUUAUACGAGUUAGUGGUCACGAUGGUAUUGUAUUUAGCAUUAAGUGUACAGGGUGAUCAAGCACAUCAUAAGUUUUAUCUUAUAAAAUAUAUCCUACAAUCGAAGAAGUAUAUUUCGUGAAAAAUAUUUUAUAACCGAAAUAUCACAUUUGCACUCUGUACAGAUGCGACGCAGGGUCGAAGUUAUAGUUAAAUUUGAAUCUGCACAAUGCAUAAUUUUAUAUGUGAGAGUGCAUUCUCGAUAAUCAUAUGUUCACGAUAUAAAUUUAUGCAUUAAUGAUAAAUGAAGGUCAGAGAGUUUUAUUUUAAUUUAAUAUUGUUUUAAGCAAUUGAAUAAGGUUUAAAAUAUGUCCGGUGUUUCGUUAAUAUUUCGUUUGUGCGUCCACGGUGAUCCGCAACAAUAAUAUUAUGGCGUUUUAACUACAAGCGCGGAAGCGAAUUCAACGCGAACCGAACAAGCGAAACACAUUAGGUACAGGAUGUAGCUUAUUAUUCCGUGUUUACGUGUAUUCACAAGUAAAUCUUGUGUGCGAUAUAACACUCGGUAGGAGUUCCAUGACGCCUACUUUUUUAUGUUACCUCAUCAAACUAAAACAUUGAGGUUAUAUGUACUAAGUACCUACUAGAGAAGAUGAUUCACUGUGAUUGUAACAUGAGUCAACUGUACUCAAGUCAAUCAGUUUCUGUUAAAGCGUUUCUAGAGAUAACACGAAUUUUGCAGAUUUUUUUUGUUUAAAAUAUGCAUUCUUGUGUAUUGCGAACUUUCGUCACUUAUUUUAAGAGAUGAUGACAAUCAUCACAGUGACAACUGGCAACUUGUAUCAUAUAAACAUUGAAUGAAUGUUAAAGUUCAAAGUGCCUGGCCCGAUGCGCCCUAUCAUUAGUUGAGACUGGCAAUACAUAGGACAUAAUAGCUCAAUGAGUUAAAGCGGUCUUUCUAUUUGAAACUAGAUUAAAACAUACAAUAGUACUUACAAGUUUCAACUUGAACUAUUAAUUAUUAUGUCUACUAAUAAUGGCAAUUCUUGUUAUAAUAAAAUUGUCCACAGUAAUCCACUUUCAACUAGUAAAAACCGGUUAUAGGUAAAAGGGUUUCGCUCCGCGUUCGUGCCGAGUUCGCUGCCGCGUGAUAACAAGGCGUCAAUGUAUCUGUGGUAGUGAUUAAUCUCCAGAGACAUAAUGAGGAAUGAUUGGUUUAUAAUUUUAAGUUCGUGUGUAAGUUGGAUUUUAGUUAUUGUUUAAGGCCACUUUUAUUUUCACCUGAGUACAAUACUUAGUAUAUUUUUAUAAUUGGUACUCCUGUAUAUACUUGUGUAAGUUUGUAACUUGUUAGUGACUAAUAUAAUAUUAUUUCGCA